UUUCUUGUUCCUACCGUGGAUAACCUGUUCCAUACGCCAUGUCAUUUAUGCCUUUAGCUAUUAGAGUAAUUUAUGAAACUUUAUGUUAUUUUAUUUGAGUUUGCAUACUCGCGAAGCGAUGAGUGGAUUUUUAUGAUCAACGUAACUUUCAUUAACGAGAAACAAUAAAGGGAAGAAGGUUCAUUCCACAGAUUAAGAAUUUGCGCUGCAAUCUUCAGUGUCUUCGUCAUGUUGAAGACUCUGUUAUUGAGAAAAUUAGAACACAUGAAUGAAUGAGCGAAUGUCAUCUUCACAUAUUUUUCAAGGCCUGUUAUAAAUGCUAUUUUUCAGGUUCAUGAGCACAGUAUGGAAAUGACGAAGUUACAAAAAUAUUAAAUUAACAGUGAACUAGAAGUGACACAUUCUUUAAACUUAAUAAUGGCAGCCAUAACAAGAACACCCCUUCAAACUGUUCAUGAAUCAGUUCCUGCAGAUCGUGCUGAAGAAUCAACUCCCGUAUCGCGUAGCGGAGCUUCACGUGGGAGAUCCCUGGAAGAACCACAUGUUGGAAGAUACAGGCUUUUAAAAACAAUAGGAAAAGGAAAUUUUGCAAAAGUGAAGUUAGCUAAACAUUUGCCAACUGGAAAAGAGGUAGCUAUUAAAAUAAUUGAUAAAACUCAGCUUAACCCAUCCAGUCUUCAGAAGUUAUUUAGGGAAGUGAAGAUAAUGAAACUACUAGACCAUCCUAACAUAGUGAAACUUUAUCAAGUUAUAGAGACUGAGAAAACUUUGUACCUUGUGAUGGAAUAUGCCAGUGGAGGUAAAUUUUUGCUUUUAAAAUUUGACUAG